CUCUAGGAUUAAGGGCUGUUGCUGCCUUCGAUCUUUUCAGAAACAACUUGGCACCUAUUUUUCGAACAAGUCGUUGGACAAAAUUCUCCAAUCUUUUUCCCAUCGUGCUUCUUCCUGCAUCUCCCUCCUUUCCCAUAGGGUUUUUUGGCUACCCAUUUACAAUUCUUUCGCUUCCUGUUCUUAAAAAAAUCCGGAUCGUCCUCUUGGCAUGGUUUUAAUGUAUCUUGCGUUAUUGGGGCAGAGCUUGGCCGUUGCACUGGUGCCGGGGUUGGGGGAAGCGAGAGGGGAGACGUCGGGGUAAGCCCACCACAGAACUCAGAAGAACCUGUAUUCCAUUCGUCGCAUACUAUAGAUUUCAUCCAUUCCAGUCCCGCACUGACCCGUGAAUAGACGCCUGGAUGGGUGGCACAACCGAUGCCCCAAGAUACAAUUCCAAUCAGAGUGUGCGUAUCCCCGUCCUUUUUAACCAGGGGUCCUCCUGAAUCUCCCUGGCAGGCAUCUUGCCCUACACCCCUUCCAGCGCAGAUCAUACUGUCCAUAAUGUUUAAUUUAUACCUUAUAUUCGCUUUUUUGCACUCGUCGUUGGAAAUGGCUGGAACGUUCGUUUCCGUCAGAACAUAGGCAAUAUUCCCAUUGUAUGAAGUCCUUCCCAUCCCAAUAACAUUGAGAACAACGUUAUCAGCCGGUAUGCUCUUGUGUUCAUUCAUUCCCAAUUGAAUGUUGCUGUUCAUAUUAUAGGGCUCUUCUAGCAAUAAAACUGCAAAGUCGUUGUUGAAAGAACUUGAAGCGUAAUUCGGGUGGGUCGCUAUAGCGAUAACCUUGAUUUUCUGGCCGGAGUUGUAAUAUCUUCCGGUAGGACCCACGGAGACUUUCUGGUCCAGGUAGUUGUGAGGUUUGCAAUGAGCGGCAGUGAGCACAACUGUUGGGGCAAUUAAUGUUCCUCCACACCCACCACCGGGCAUCAGAACAAAGUAGGGGUAUUCUUCGGAAUCGGUGGCAUCUCCGCCCACAAUCCGUGUGUUACCGUCUAUUGAAAACGAAGAACCUAUUUCUACCGUGAGGGUGCCGAGAUCCAACGAAGAAGAUGGAUUCAGCUUCCUGGAUCCCUCGUCAUCAUGAUCCUUUUUUUGGAUGAUGGGUUCGAAAGAUCUUUUUCGAAGGUUGUGCUCCACCAUGGCUCCGUGAACAUUUAUUGUGGCGAUUGCGACCGCUUGCGACAGAAGGAACUUUUUCAUUCUUAAAACAGAGGUGCGCUUUCUUGUCACGGAUAUGUUGGGUUUCGAUUCAGCCAGAUUCUUUAUUGUUCAUGUAGAGUUUCCAACAACAGAUUUUUAUUGUUAUGGAUAAUUGGUUGCGCUUCUGUUUAUUGAUGCUUUUCCAUCAGAUGAUUUUUUCCUUAACUAAAACAAGGUGGUGCGCCGUCCAAGUUCUCAAAAAAAUCUCACUUCGACGAAAUAAGAAUGCGAAAAGCGUAUGUCAAUCUAUUAGUCCGUAAGAUUCUGAUGGGGAUGACACACAGCAAAAAGCGAACAGCUGAUAAAAGUCACAAUUACAGUAUUACAGUACGGUAUGGGAGAAAGAACAAUAAGAUCCAGUCGUAAAGUAAAGUGGGGAAUAGCAGGGGAAUAGCAGGGCCGUGAACAAACAAUCCCGGAAACACAUCAAGAUGCUUUUUCCCCUGUCCUGGUACGGUAAAGCUCUAUAAUUUACAGUAGUCUUCCAUAAUUAUCAAAACUUUAGAUUAUUGAAGUUGUCUUACGAUGACAGACGAGACCCUUUGGACAAAUAUUUUCUAUUUUCCGAGGAAAUGAGAACAACAGUGUCAUGUCGCGUUCUCUUUCUUAAAUUUAUUUUUGUCAGAUCCUUUGAUGUGAAAGGAUGCACUCAAGAAAGUAAGUUCGUACUCGUACAAGGUACGGUAGAAAGACAAAUGUAUGGAACGAAUCUAGACUAGGUUAUGAGUACAAAUACAAUAAAAAGCCACAGUUUCUGACUUUUAACAGCAAGCUUUGCUUGCUUGCUACUGCUACUAAAGCACCAAUCAGAACUAGCAAUUCUGUAAGUCAGAAAUGAUUUUUCUUCCUCCACCUGAAUGGGUGGUUCCCGUUAUCAUAGAAAUGCUAAACAGAGGACAGACCAAAAAUCUAUCGCAUGUUGUUCGUCUUAGUAGUAUCAUAGAUUUAGCAUCAUUUUUAGAAUGGGUCGUUGGACCUGCCCCUUUCAAAAUGUGCUAGAUCUACAAUGGAACCCAAGAAUCAAUUUUUGAGUCUCUUGUAAGAUUCAACAGAAAGCCCUAGUACCUGUGACGUAGUACCAGUACCUACCCAGACCUCUUUUUAGUCAUCAUUACAAACUAUUUAAGAUUCCAGAUUCUCAAAAAGACUGAGAUGAAGCCUCCUCCUGCCUUCCUUACUCUCUGUGGUCCCUUGAAAUUUUGAUUCCUGAUAUUAAAAAUUGCUAGAAAUGCUAAUUUAGCAUCCUAUAAUGAUGGGAAUCAGCACCCAAUACGUGUGAAUUCGUCUUGCUGUUUUUUAACUUGAUUACUCUGCUACAUGUGGGGGGGUCGGGGGGUCCUAGUGGUAUUUAUUGAUAUUUGUGUACAUAGAUACAGCAUUGCUAAUGUGCAACUGGAUAGUCUUUUUUUAGUAGCCGAGCCUAUAUGAUAAUGUUCCAAAGAUGGUUCAACAGCAAAUGAAUGCAGGACUGGAGGAUAUUUCCCCCCAUUGGAAUUCAGGGUGUUGUGUAACUUUCCCAGCAUUGGUGGAGUCAGUUCUGGUAGAUACAAUCUCAUUGUACAUUGCCCUUGGUUGUUCAGAGAAGGAAGAAAAAAAUGAACCAAAAGAUGGUGACUUGUUGGAUGAUACUAGUAGUAGUAGUAGCAUCUUGUCUUAAUGGAAGAUUUUACAAUUGUCUGUCUAUCUUAUUUAUACCUGAUGUUAAAUUUGUUAAUGGAUGCUCUAAAAUUGAAAACAGGGAGAGAGCCAAGAAGCAGACAACUUAUAACAAUAUCAACUUGUGGUUCAACAGCCUCGUAUCUGGAGGAUGGGCAACAGACAAGAAGACUGAUGAUGGUGAGAUCAAAGGAGAGCUGGUAUUUUUUGACUUUCAACUUAAUCAGAUCCUAAAUCUUGAUGAAAGUGGAUUAAAUCUUGAUGGAAAUCAUUCAUUUGUUGACUGGGGGAAAUUCCUAUACAAGAUGCUGCUCUUCAAAUUGGCUAUUGUUGCCUGUGGUGCAGACAGAACAAACAAGAGUAGUGUGCAGGUAAUAUUCAUUGCUGGGAGUACUGCUGCUGGUUCUCUGUUCCCACCCCAUUUCCAACUGAAAUCCAAGGCAGAGGAAGAGGACAUGAUAAAGCACCAUUUUCUACUGGCAAUUUCAAAGCAGUGUGAGAAAAAAAUUGGGAUUGUUCUGUUCACAAGGGGUUGUCUAUCAGAUAGCAAAGGUGCACAUGAGCUGAUUGUAAUGAAAGAUGGUACUAUUGCUCUCAUUGCUGAUCCUAAUGUCAUAGCAUUGAUUGAGAAUGAAGGAAGGGUGUGAAGGUGUUAGAUGAUGCUGGUUUCAAUGGUAGUGUCUUCCAAAAGUAUGCACUGCAAAAAAAGAAAGAUAUUUUGUAGAUGGUCACUGUACCAAAUUCCAGAGCUUGUCAAGAUGCUAUAGCUACACCAGCAAAGUAUUUCAGCAGGCCAUUUAUUACUACAUGAGGAGAUACAUCAUUUAACAACAAGGAAUACAUUUUUGCUGAAGCAAUGAAGAAAAGACAAGAGCACAUCAAGGUCCUGGAGGCACUGAAGAAGAAAGCCAAUGCAGUAUCUAAGUUCAAUGUCAAGACUACCAGUUUGAAUGAAAACUAUGCCUUCAAGGGGAAAGAUUUUGCAUACAUCACAUUCAUCCACUGUUGAUGAGAUCUUCUCAUUCCCAUUGCAGAAUUUCCACCAAAAGGACCAUUCCCAGCGGCAGCUUCUCCAUUAGUAACCUCUGGGUUAUAAAGCUCAUCAAAAUGUAUUUGCCCAGCUUGGUCAGUUGGGACCAUUUCAGCUUUUCAAAUAGGAUUGGCACCAUCAUCAACUGCAACACCAGCAACACCAUUAGCUCUAACUCUUUCAUUCAGCUGUACAAAAGAUGCCAUCACAUUCCUUCUGAUAUCAUCUGGAACAGUCCCAACCAUUGUCAGCCCAAAGCAAUGCCUUUCCAAGAAUCACUGCGACCUCAUUGCCAAAUGAACUUGCAAUAUUUGGAGUAACAUGUUCAACAAUCCAUUCAUCAGUUAUUCCAGAGCCAUCUACUGGCUUGUACAGGCAAACUCCAUCAAAAUACAAUUGUUUCACAACAUUGAUGUCUGGCCACAGUAACUGCAUUUGGUUUCCUUUCCAUCUAGCUCUACAGUUAACAUCAUCCUUGGCCAUUCCUGUGUGUCUGCAAAGUGAUACAGCAAACUUCCUAAUAGAGUGAGUUCCCAACCUACCUGGCUUCUCCUUAUUAAAUGCACCAUUCCUCCAAAUAUGCCUUUUCAAAAAUCCAGAAUACUGGGCUUUUCCAUGGGCAAUUUCCUUCUUCACGAAUUUCAUGUGUGAUCUAGAACUCAUAGUUCCUUCCAUAAAUAACCAUUGGCUUACUGCUCCAUGCCCAUCCUGGCACCACUUCUCCAAAAAUAAUGCCAAUUGAAGUACUGAGCAUGCUUUUGGAUUCAUAGAGCCCAUCAAGAUUUGGUCUGGACAAUCCCUCUCUUCCCUCACAUUCUUUGACCACUUCAUCUUCAAGGUCAAAAAUUCAGGGAACCUAGAGCAAGCUUUCAAAGAAUCCUUUGUUAUAUGAGCCAUAUCAUCAUUACGAGCCAUGAAGUGCGUUUGCACUACCAUCAUUGCUAUCAAUUGUCUCCUAUUUAUCACGGAACCUUGCUGUUCCAAAAGAUCCAAGGCUUGCAAAAACUUGCCCUUCAUUAGAGGCCUAUCCAUCUGUGUUGGCUUCCCAAGCCCCCUUGUUUCCUUUAGUUUAAUUGCAGCAAUUAAAUUAUUCACUUUAGCAGAUUGCGCUUCUUGUCCUCUCCUGUGCCUGCGUUCUCCUCUCUGAGCUCCUCCACAUAAUCCUACAGGUUGUCCCCAUCCGCGUCCAUCUUGUGCUGGUGAUUGACAAAGCAGUUCAACAUUUUCAUGUACUCAGCGCUGGAUUGCUGAUACGGAGGAGCCGCUGAUACGAUUUGCUGGAGGAGCCGCUGAUAUGAUGCGGAGGAGCCACUGAUACAGAGCUGCUGAUACGGAGGACAAUUGCUGAUACGACAAGUCGCUGAUAUGGAGGAGCCAGAGGAGGCUCCCUGAUAUGGAGGACACUGAUACAAUACAGAGGAGCAAACCGCUACUGAUACGGAGGACGCUCUAUGAUACGGAAGACACUGAUACAAUAUGGAGGACACUGACAUGAGUUGCUGAUACAGAGGAGCUGCUGAUACGAUACGGCGUUCUGCUGGUGUUUUACUUGUUUUUUGCUUGUUUCCCCCUGCAUAUCAAUAUUUCUAUGGUGUUUUCUACACGAGUUUGUAGUACUGGAAUAGCAAUCAAGAUCAGUUUGCUCUCAUUUUUUUAGUACAGAUACUGUGUACAAUUACUGAUACUACGUAUUUACAGUAGUGAAGACAGUUUUUUAGUUUGUACCUGUUGAGGUGCAUUUGCCUGGUUACAAGUGCGCAGAAGCACACCAGUGCCCCUGUUUUUGUAACCAGACCCCUUUUUUUUGUAACCAGACUACUAGUAAAAAAAUAUGGGCUCUCCUUAGGAAAGGGUUUGGUUACAAAAUUAAGUACGUACGAUGCUGUGUUUCCAAUUGCUCUUUCGUCUGUUCCAUCAGUAGGAACGGAGUGAUGUCGUCCUCUCUUACCAACGUCCACCUUUCCCAACACACAAUUGCCACCGCCACCGCCACCGCCACCACUACCACAAUUCGUUUAUUGUCCAGAGACACGUGAUUUUUAUCAGUCCACGAGGUCUGAAUUGAACAAGCGAGUAAUCUUCUUUUCAUGGGUGUAAGGGGCAUUCGACACUUACUGCGAGAUGUUGGUUGGUUAGAAGCGGAGGAAGACGACGGGGGCCAAUCACUGUGGUCUCCGUAUGUCGAGAGAGAUAGCAGGUCAUUGCUGUCGUCCUGCGGGUGCAAGCAUUUUAUAUGGAGGGAAUGGAACGCUUCCGAUGCCUUCAUGGCAACCAAGAGCGGUUCUCCGCCUCUCGAGAGGAUCCCCUCGAAUUCACGUUUUUUGAUUGAUGGGAACGGACUCGCCUUCUACCUUCACCAUAUCGCUUACUCUCGCCAUCUACAGUCCCUCUGCACCAAAGGUCAAAACCCUGGUAAACCCACAAACUGUCCGACCACGAAAGCAGUCAUGACCGAUCUACAGACCACGGUACAAGCGCUUCCGUGCAUGCUGCCCCUCCACCUAAUCCGGGCGGCAACAAAGGAGUUCGUCUCAGGCCUCAAGGGCAAUGUUUCGGAAGUUAAGGUGUUCUGGGAUGGACCAGCCCGCAGAGCAAAAGUCAAAACGGACCACAAACGGAAGGCGGAACUCGAUCAACAGGAAUCCUACCUCGAACUCUUUUGCAAUCACGGAACGAUGAUCUCGGCCAGUAAAAAGAAACGAAGAAAGUACGUCUGUGAAUGGAAGCAGGACUUUCCGUUUUCGAAGCUGUUUCCCACUUGCGUUCGCCACGCCCUCCUAGAGGAAGGAGGCGACUUUAUCGAAACCGUGGAAUGCCACGAAGAAGCCGACGUGGAGCUGGCAAAACAUGCAUCGGGAGACGAUCGAGCCUAUGUCGUUGCCUUUGAUUCUGACUUUUACUUUUUCAAGAACAUUCAGUAUAUUCCCCUGGGUAAACUGGCUAUUGAACCGUCGGGCAUCCACGCUUGCGUGGCCAGGAGGUCGGCUUUGGCAAACCUGCUGGGGUUCGAGAACGACGACCGAUUGGUCGAAAUGGCCUUGUUGAUGGGGAACGAUUACGUUGAUCCGCGUGAGUCCCUGAAUGUACCGGACUCUGUCGAUAUAACUAACGUCCAAUCCAUGGUCUACUAUUUACAGUGCCACGAGGACUAUCAGGUAUCUGCCAAGAACAAAGAGGGAGCAGAGGCGUUGAGUUUUGUUCGAAGCUUGUACAAUUUGCAUAGCCUAGAAGCAUUUCCCCUCGUGUUCAAUUCUACCAAUAUCGAAAAACACGACGGCAUCAUCGCAAGGGACGCAAACGAAGCCCAGCUGUUGCCGGAAGAUUUUUAUGUCCGAGAUGGGAUCAUACGAUGCCUGCGAAAAACGUUGGACCUCGUGGACGGUGCGGAUGCCAAAUUUCCUCUGUCAGAAUAUGCUGUACAGGCUUUCGAAAUGUCUAGCAUGCCUAUGGAGCGACACACUAUACCGACGCUCCAAACCAGACCAACCUAUCAAGAGAUAAAAGCUGCUAACUUUAUCGAGCGUUGCAUCGCACGAUUCUAUCGAAGAACAAUGAACUCAUCUUUCCUGGUUAGAACAACUCCACCCGAUGCACUCAUGAGUCGCCUCCAUUUUCAUGCCGCCCUCGCAUCCCUGCGUCCAACACCGAUAGAAACAGAUGCCAUGAAAGAAGAAAAAUCUGCAAUAGAAAACGAAUCGGAAGCUGUAUUGAUUGAAGAACCUCUUCGAUUACCUAUUGACGAACACGAAUCGGCGAUUCUAGAGAACAUUCGAAAUCAUCGUGUAACAAUCAUUCACGGGGAGACCGGUUGUGGUAAAAGCAGCCGUGUUCCGGUCAUGCUUCUCAAGGCCCCACCCCCCGAUGGUAGUCUCCAGAAGGUCAAAUUUUUUAUAUCACAACCGAGACGGAUUGCAGCAAAGGCUUUGGUGGAACGCGUACGUUCGUGCGAACCUGAGUUCAAAAACAAAUUUGCUCUGCGAAUGGGCCAUGGCUGGAAGGAAUACGAAUCGAAGGAGACCCAGGCAUACUUCGUCACCACUGGCUACCUGGUUCGUCUACUAGCUAACAAUCCAGAGCGCUUCGAAGAUUGUACCCACCUUGUCAUUGACGAAGUCCACGAGCGAUCGGUUGACACCGACAUUUUGUGCUUAUUGUGCCGACGUUUGCUGGAAACCAAUGAGAACAUUCGACUGGUAUUGAUGUCUGCGACCUUAGCAACAAAAAUGUACCGAGAGUAUUUCGAUGUUCCUAACGAACCUAUUCAUGUAGGUGUGCGACGAUAUCCCAUCACGGAGUACUUUGUUGAGGACCUUGCGCAGUUUGGCUUGCCGAAUCAGGAAGCGAAGGCUGCGCUGGCCAUUCAACAGGAAAACGAGAAGAAGCGAUGCAUCACGGCGCCAACGAGCGCUGAAAUGAAAAACAGAUUCGGAUUGGCGGCACGCUUGGCCACACUUGUUGGAAUUCCGGGGUCUUCUGUGCUGAUUUUUGUGCCGGGGAUGGCCGAGAUCAUUGCCAUAUCGGAGUGCAUCGAAGGAUUUCACACACCCGGGGUUCGGUACACUUGCUUUCCUAUUCAUGGUGAUAUCCCUUUCGAGGACCAGAUGGAAGCAUUUCAUGCUCCCGCCAAGGAUGAAGUGAAGAUCAUCAUUGCCACAAACGCUGCCGAAAGUUCCGUGACGCUGCCAAAUGUAGACCACGUGAUUUGUCUCGGACUUUGCCGCCAGAUUAUCUACAAUCAAGCGAGCCAUCGCCAGAUGCUAACACCAGCUUGGAUUUCGCAGGCAUCUGCGAAACAAAGAGCUGGUCGCACUGGUCGAGUAAGGCCCGGGAAUGUAUAUCGUCUCUAUACGCGACGAGCACACAAUAAUUAUUUCGAUGAGUUCGAACCCGGUGAAAUGGUCCGAAUCCCAUUGGAUAGUGUCAUCCUAAUGUUGAAGCAGAUUUUGCACGAGGAAGUUGUGCCUGUUUUCAUGGACUGCUUGGAGCCCCCUCCACUUGAUACUAUCGAUCGUUCCUUUCAGAGUUUGUAUCACUGGAACUUCAUUACAGAACCCGACGACGAAGCGGAUAUUACUUCUCUCGGAAGUUUUGUAUCUGCACUUGGUGUGGAUCUAUCACUUGGAUCUUUCAUAGGACUCGGAAUUCAGUUCGGUGUUGCGGCCGAGGCAAUCGAAAUGGCUGCAAUGAUGUCGCUCCCAAAAACUCCCUAUCAGAUAACGAGUCCGAUGUGGCUCGCUCCUGGGAAGUUCAACCAAAAUGCAUCGCAAACGUUUUCUGCAAAAUGCAAGUUUGACUGUGGCCUGUAUUCGGAGCCAAUGGGUUUGAUGAAUGCUCUAUGGGAUUAUGAAGGCGUCGUUGGUUCCUCCAAGAAGAACAGUUGGUGUCACAACAAUCAUCUUGCGUUGAAAAGAUGGCAACAAGCUUUGUCUUCUCGAAAUAGUCUUCGAAAGAGGGUGGCUGAUUUUUUGGGUAUAAGCGAAGAAAGAUUACGGAUACAACUUCCACCGAGAGACAUGCCAGAAGGAAAGAUAUUGAUUCUAAGAGUUUUAAAAGUUUGGGUUUUCUCCGAUUCAAUCGUUGAAUGCGCCCCUUCAAAACUACAGCUUACGCAUGAUGGUUCUGUCGCUCUUUCAAUCAAAGGAAAGUCAGGUGUAAGACUGAAAGAGGCCAAUCUAGACCGCAUACUUCAGCCCGAAAAACACCCUUUCAGAAUUGUUGAACAUAACGAAUUACAACAGAGUGGAGUUUUUCAAGAAGAAGGAAGUUUUCACUUCCCGAGUUUUGUCCUAGGCUUCGAAUACCGUAUUUUAUCUUAUGCAAGUGAAAUGAACGUCGAGAUAAUACUCUGCUACUCUAGUGAAGAGCUCUAUCUUUACAUCGAGAAAGGAAAUUCAUGCGAAAAGGAAACCCGCAAAUUGCUCGAGUCCCUUCCAGAAGGUUAUGAACAAUGGAAUCUUUUUGCAUUUGAUUUCACUAAUGUCAAGCGCCGCGGAAUUCAAGAACGGGCUUGUGGACUUUGGACUGUCCUCGACAACCCAAGAACUGAUGAUUCUUUUGCAAGACGGAAAGAAUUUAUCCGAAUCAAGUUGACAAAAAAGAAAAUUGGAAAUUACUUUGGGGAAGCUUGUGCAUAUAUAAUCCCUGAAGUGUUCGGUUGUAAAUUAAACUCCAAAAUGAUUUGGUACUUUCUUGAGCAACAUUCUAUGAAGAAAAAGAAGGCGUCUACUACCCAACCUUUUUGGGUCAAUAUAAUCGGUGAAUGUCGCGAGAUUUCCAAGCAAAACCUAGAGGAUUUAUUGGCUAGGAAGAAUAUCAGAUCGUCAACAAGCAAAAAAAAUAGUGCUCAAUCUAUUAUCGUGAAGCGUCCUACGAACACUCGAGCAACUUCCAGCAGUGAGAUUGCACGACCUCUAUUUUUAGAUGUUCCAGAAGGUGCUCGAAUUUUAGCGCUGCUGGCAUCAAGUCAGCGUCAAAAAAAGCAUACCUUGCGAAUUCCUUGCGACGAUACUAAUUUGGAUUCGGAGGAAACCUAUGACUUUGCAAUGAGUAGCGAGGAGAUCGAUGUCUCGAAGCGUUGGAAUCGUUUGGAUUCUUCCAACCAGGUGUAUGUAGAUGAUUCAGUGCCAUCGACGGCAAUUCAUACUACCAAUCGUUUAUACGCGGUGGCAGCAAAUGCAUUGGAACUUCAACGAGGCKGGAUGAGAGUGGACGGGUUAACAUUGUUACCUCCGAACCCACUCUUUCUCGUGAUGUCGUUGUUGUCGUUUGGAUUAGAAAUCAACACACCUUUACGGUGGGCUAUUCAAAACGAUGAAAGUGCAGCCAGAAAAAAAAUACAGAAAUCUUAUGCUUGGUUGAUUGACCGUGCAAUUACGGUUUUCAAAAACAAAUCUAGCGGAGGCGAUCGUGUCGUUCUCAGUGUAGCACCACUAACUGAUGGUGAAUCAUCCCAAGAACUUAUAUGGGAAGAACAACAACUAAAAGAUCGACUUCAGGAUGCCAUCGCGUUUAAUGAAAGAUCUAUGAGCAUGGGAGAAAAGCUAGUAUGCUCCCCUGAGAGGAUCAAAGAGUUGUGCGAGGUAUUCAACGGGUUUGAUGGGUACAGCGUGUCGACAUGGGAAUUCAUGACAGAGGAAUCGAUAACAAUGGAAAAUCUUUUUGAUUGGCGAAAAGAACGAAAGUAUGCUACCAACGAAGGGCAGAAGGGACAAUUUCGUCGGUUAUCGAAAGAAACAAACGCAAACUGCAUUGCAUCGAAGGACUCGAAAAAGGUCGACAGUUCAAACAAAAAGAAGAUCCCACCAAAUGAUUCAAAAAAGUCCAUCCCCUCGAAGAUUAGUGCAAGUCGAGAAAAAGCCGCGGGAGAAAAGAAAUUACAGCAUGGUGGGACAAGCUACUAUGGUGAUCAGCAACUAAUUACAUCGUCAAACUCAUGGUUUUCGACUACUCUUAACAGCGGAGAAGCCAUGCCUGCAUUUCCUUCCACCAACAUUCUUGCGUUGCUCUUCAAGCUAUUUGAGGCACAAGUUUUUGCCGGGGAUACGGUCAAUCAUAGCGAGAAGUUUACAGUAGCACUGAAUAUAGAAAAUUGGGAUAUUGCAGAUUUCAAAGGGAAGGGAGGCAAAGCGCUGUACAGAGCCUACUUUGUAAACGAUAACAUUCCCACUCUUGACGUUUUCGGGAGAGGAAAGAACAAAUUGCCAAAAUGGAUUAAGAAAAGUCGCAACCGCCCUUCUACGAUCGAGGAUGCAAAACAAUGCGUUCCGCCUGGUGUGGCAUGCCCGGUACCUCUCGAGAGUGAAAGCGAUGGAUUGCUGUUUGAAUCGCUGGAAGAUGCUUUGAAAAUGGAGGCCGCCUUUUGGCUCAACAAACAAUUUUGUCAUGCUGGAAAAACAUCAACAAGACAUUGGUAUACCCAUUCUCUUGAACAAAUGAUCGACAUCUUGCGAAAUAACAACAACCAAUGCUGACUCGAAUUUGUGCUUUGAUUUGUCUGAUGGGUCUUCUCGAUGCUUUUCCCCAACUAAACUAUUAGUAGCUUACAGCAUGAAUGCAAUACGUAACAGUCCUAAAUAAUGAACGCGUUACUAUGAA